GCGCGAGAGAGGGAGAAGGAGGAGGAGGAGGAGGUGGGAGGAGGAGGGAAGACCUACAUUACCAACACACACACUCACACACACUCGUUACAUUACUCUCGGAGCACUGCUCCAGCUAGGAAGUCGGUCUGCGGCGCUUUCCUCCUCUUAUCCUUUUGGUUUUACGACUUUUGAUUUCGAUCUCCUUUCAGUUGAAGGAUGUAUUUUAUGUCAGUCGGUGAUUUAUUAUAGGUAGCGGGAUUGUCUAAGAAGUAUUUCUGCGACCAUUCUUCAUAAACCGCGCAUCACAGUUGACUUUUAAUUCACGGUUUAAUUCACGUAAGGACUGGUUAUCCAGUAGGACCACCGGCCACCGAGGGACAUAUUUUUACUUAUCAGAACCCACUUUUACUUUUUUUUUCUGGAGCAAGUUUAUUUCGCAGAGACCUCCUCGGCGUACUGAACUGGUAGCCUAUGAUGACAUUUUAACUUGUGCGUUCUCAAAGUGCCGCUGCUCCAGCGAGCACCCAUCACCCUUCAUACCACCCUCAGUUUGUUGUAUUUAGCGCGAGGCGCCUUCGUAGUAGCCUGCUAUUUGAGGAGACAGCACGAGCGGACACUCCCCUGUCGCUUUGAUCAGAAACACUAACAACGUGCGCGCACGCUGUUUUGAAAGAUCGGUUGCGGUGACGCAGCCAGGACGAUUUCCACUCUCCAGGUUGGGAUUUCUCGGUGAGCUUGUUCCUCCGUUUGGUAAGUUCCAGAGCUGUCUGAACCGCCACCAUGCCACAGUUAGCAGGCGGAGGUGACCCGGAGCUCUGCGCCACGGACGAGAUGAUCGCCUUUAAAGACGAGGGAGACCCACAAAACGAACAGAUCUUCGCUGAACUCAGUAACUCAGAGGAAGAGGGGGACUUGGCGGAUAUCAAGUCAUCGUUAGUGAACGAGUCAGAGUCGAGUCCAAACAGCAACAGUCAUGAUGGUGGCAGACAGUCAAUGCAAGACUCGUAUCACGAAAAACACAGAGAUCUUUCUGAUGACGGGAAACUGCAGGACCUGUACAGUAAAGGCCACCCGUACAAUGGCUACCCGGGGUACAUCAUGAUGACCAACAUGAGCAACGACUCCUACAUGAACAACGGCUCCAUGUCACCGCCCAUGGGACGAACGUCCAACAAGGUUCCAGUGGUCCAGCCGUCCCACGCCGUGCAUCCCCUCACCCCGCUGAUCACGUACAGCGACGAGCACUUUGCCCCGGCCCACUCCGGCCACCACCCCCAGGAUGUCAACAACAAACAAGGCAUGUCGAGACAUCACCAUGGAGGCGACAUGCCCAACUUCUACUCUCUGUCCCCGGGGGGAGUGGGCCAGAUCACCCCACCGCUGGGCUGGUUCUCUCAUCACAUGGUCCCUGGCCCCCCAGGGCCCCACGCCACAGGGAUCCCCCACCCCGCCAUCGUCAACCCACAGGUCAAACACGAGCCCCAGCAUGACACCGACCUCAUGCACAUGAAACCCCAGCACGAGCAGCGGAAGGAGCAGGAGCCCAAGAGGCCCCACAUCAAGAAGCCCCUCAACGCCUUCAUGCUCUACAUGAAGGAGAUGCGUGCCAACGUGGUGGCCGAGUGCACUCUCAAGGAGAGCGCCGCCAUCAACCAGAUCCUGGGCAGGAGGUGGCAUGCGUUAUCUCGGGAGGAGCAAGCUAAGUAUUACGAGCUGGCCCGGAAGGAACGGCAGCUCCACAUGCAGCUCUACCCCGGAUGGUCUGCCAGAGACAAUUAUGGAAAGAAGAAGAAGCGGAAGAGGGAGAAGAUCCAGGAACCAGCUGCAGGAGGAAAGAGGAACACUUUCUCCACAUGCAAAGCCAAGACAGCGGAUACUGGUCCAUUGCUCGAGAUGGAAGCCUGUUAGAUCCCCUUGAAGACCCCAAACCCCUGAAAACCCCAUGCCUCCAAAUCUCAGAGACCUGACCCUGACCCCUUCCUCAACACAAGCCCCCCCCCCCCCCCCCACACACACUCCACUAUCCACCCCCAAUCCCCAGACGUCCUCCAAAACACACUUUUUAAAAAUCACCAAAAACAACACUGUAUGGUGUUUGACUCCCUCACUGCCGCCACCUGCUGUAAAGACCAUGCACUGCAACUGAACGAGACAAUCAGAACCAGGAAUCCCACACCUGAAUUCAUACCCGAGAAAAACUAUUUCACUCAUAACAGUGCCCAAAAAAAUAAACACAAAGAAGAGUAGAAAUAAUUAGAUGUUGGUCAUAUUUUUUGCAGCUUUAUUCACCAACCCCUCGAAACACUGCACUGAAACACAGCAGCCAUUUUGACUUGCACGCAAGUGAAAGCCUCUACCUACUCACCACCAACACAACAAACACUAAUGACACACAUUGUUCCUAAGUUAUUUAAGUAUAAGUUAUUUGUCACCGUGGUUUCCUUCCUUUUUGUAUAGACGACGACGUUCGGACCCCCAAUACUGUACAACCCAAUCCCCCCACCCACCCAACCACCACCCUCUCUCUCUUUGUACUCAUCUCACUGGAAAUGAGAGACCAUGGCUGGGAUUCAGCCCGGCCAAACUCCUCGUUGAGACUGCACUAAAGGAAGAUGGAUGAUUCUCCCAUCUUGUCAACUAAAACGUCCGAUAAAAGACGCCAUUUUGUUCUCUUGAUGAGCGCUUGGUGCAAAUUAAAACAAAAAAAAACUCUAAACAAAAAAAAAGCAUCAACGUCCUGAUUUCGCUUAUCAUUUCAGACUGAGUUCGAUUUAUUUUGAAUGCUUUAUUUUGUAUCUUGAACUUGUUUCAAUUUCUUGGUGUAUAUUUUCUGUGAUUGUUUGUUUUUUAUAUUUUGAUUUUUUUUAUAUAGUGGUAUAUAUGAAAAAUAAGCUUUGGACACAGGAAAGCCAUUUUUUCUUGUUGAAGCGUCUUGCAGAUAAAUGAUGAUGUAAUGCUUCUUUUGAUAACUAUUUGUAACAAAUAGUGACCUCGAGUCUCAGAUGUAAAAUAAUGCUCAAUAUGUGUACUUUUUAAAACUGUCAGGAUAUGUCACUUUUCUUGGUAUUUUUGCAGGCAACAUAAGGACAAAGGCAAGAGUAAAAGCUCAGAGGCCUCUAUUUUAUUGUUCUCAAAACAAGUCAAAUGAAGCAGAUAUAUAUAGAUAUAUAUUUACCCCAGCACUUGGCAGUCGUUUCUUUCAUUGCGAUGGACCUUCGUCUUUUCUCUGCGGUAGCUAAUUGUGUGGUCUUUAGCCAUGUCUUUUAUUCCAUGACAGCAUCUCUGUAACAUUUUUAUUUUAAUGCUCUAUUUUUUAGUAUAACUUGAUGAAUUCUUUUUUUAUUCAUUGUUAUAUUUUGGGUCAUUGUCAUCUUGGAAUAGCACUUUGCUUCCCAAGUGGUCACAUUUGAACUGUUUCGACAUGUUUUUGUUUUUUUAAGAAAAAUAAAAAAAAAAGCAUCCUUGGCUAA